AAAGGAGAAAAACAUGAACGUUAAAGGGGUCCUCACUCCUCAAUUUAGUCCACUGGCAUUUCCUUUUCUCUUGCCUUUCCGAUAACCACUUUCAAGUUUCAAGUGCAGCUUUUCUCCAUUGCAACCCCCUCGACAAAACAAAACCAUCAAAAUCCUCAGGUUGUGAGUGAGAAACUGAGAAUAAUGGUUUCUGGAUGGAGAAGGACGUUUCGCACAUCUAAUACCAUUCCCCAAAACACACACGAACCUGAAAUUUGUGAUUAUUACAACAACAUCAAUUCAAGUCCCAAAAUCACUUCCAAUUUCUCAUUUUUCUCCACCCCAUCAUUGAUUCCCACCCGAACCAAUUCACCACUUUCCAAACACCAAUGCAAUUACAACAAUAAUGCAAGAACUCCCUCUCCCACCAAACGCUACAGCCCCACAUCGUUUCAUCAAUCCACUCCUUCUUCCCCAAACUCUCCCUCAGCCUUCUCUCUUCUCAAAUCCACCUUACGCUUAUCCAAAAGCUCAUGCAAAAUCUGCACGCGGAGUGUGAAAACCGGCGAAGGAAAAGCCAUUUUCACUGCGGAGUGUUCUCACGUCUUUCACUUCCCAUGCAUAGCAGCUCACGUGAAAAAACAACGACUGGUCACGUGCCCCGUGUGCAACGCUAACUGGAAACAACUGCUUCAAAACGCAGACGAAAACAAACCGCACGCAGAACUCAAAACGACGAAGUCGUUCAAGCCCCACAACUACAACGACGACGAGCCUCUCAUGUCGCCCACUUCAGUCUCGCGUUUCAACCCCAUUCCCGAAUCCAACGAGAACGAAGAAGAAGAAGACGAAGAAGAACAAAACGAUGAACAAAUAAAGUUCAAUCUCUCAUCAUCAUUGGUCAAGACCAGAAACAUCGAAGCAUUCUUCUCACCGGAGGCUGCGAUUGUGGCGUCCAAUUGGAGCUCCGAGACGUACGUUACGGUGUUGAAUGUGAAAGUUCAGCCGCGUAACGCGGCGGCGAAUCGGCCGCCGGUGGAUCUCGUCAUGGUGAUCGACGUCCGAGGUAGUGUCACCGGUGAAGAGCUUUGGAUGCUGAAACGUUCGAUGCAGGUUGUUAUCUCGUCGCUCGGCUCCGCCGACCGUCUCUCCGUCGUCGCAUUCUCAGGCGGAUCGAAGCGGCUAUUUCCGCUGCGGAGGAUGACCCGCUGCGGCCAGACAGCGGCGCGGCGAGUCGUCGACGCGCUGGCCUCCGUUGAGCUCCGCCGAGAAGGAACUCCGGCGAGGAACGACGCGCUGAAGAAAGCCGCGAAGGUUCUGGAGGAUCGGCGGCAGAAGAACACUGUCGCGAAAAUCAUUCUCCUCACAAACAGCCACGAGGAUCAUCGAUUAACCACCACGCGCUUCACAGUUCAUUCAUUGAUAUUCUCUCACGAUGACAACGAGUUCGCGAAGCGCGUGGGAAAUUUGCUGAGCGUGGCGGCACAAGACUUCAAACUUGAGUUAAAACUAGCGUCACGUUCGGCUCAGGCGGAGAUCACUGCCGUGUAUUCUCUGGCCAAGGGUUUCACCGACGCUCUCUCGCCGGAUUCCGUCGCGCUCGGUGAUCUCUGCGCGGCGGAGGAGAGGGAACUGCUGGUGGAGUUCAAAGUGCCAGCUGGCACAGCUUCGCGUGGGUCCCACCAUCGUUUUAUAUCUGUACGAUGCUCCCACCGUGACCCCUUUACUCAAGAGCUUGUUAAUUCCAAGGAGCGUGAGUUAAUUGUUCCAGGACCCCACACUGUUCGAUCGUGUGAUCUCAGGAUCGAACAGUUGAGGCGACGCCACGUCAGUGCACGCGCCGUAGCCGAGUCGAGAAAGUGUGUGGCUCGCAACGAUGUGUCUGGCGCGCUUCAGUUGCUAUCAUCGGCUCGAGCCUCUGUGAGCCGCGAACAGGGUGAUGAGUGCUUGCGCUGGCUCGAAGCCAAACAAGCCGAGCUGAGGAACCAAAAGUUGAGAAGUAGUAAUAAUAAUUGCUUGGAGGAAAAGGGGGAGCCGCUUACGCCGAUGUCGGCUUGGAGAGUAGCUGAGAGACUGGCUAAAGUGGCUAUUAUGAGAAAGUCUAUGAACAGAGUCAGCGAUUUACAUGGCUUCGAGGAUGCCAGAUUUUAAAUGUUUUAAGAAUUAAGAAAGGAUACUGGAUGGGUGAAUUCACGAAACAUUUGGGAGCUUGUAUUUUGUUGAUGACUGAAUUAUAUAAGCAUAGCUAUAGUUACCGCACUUUAGUUAGCUUGGCAUGAAAAUAUUAAGAAGUUAUGGCUCUAAUCAUGAAACCUGUGCACAAAACUCAUCACUAUACCUCA